GAUCAUGAAUAUUCAGGGGAAGUAUUUUCGGGCACUCUAGCAGACGAUGCGAGCUCCGGAAAAUCGUUCCGUUACCUGAUCUCAUUGGCGCUCACUGGGAUGCCUUUCGCCCUUUGGGAAAGCGUUCCUAAACGCGUCGUUUUAAAAUUCGACGUCGCCAUCUCGUUUCCUCCUCGCAGGACGAAUUAAGUGAAUCCUAGUUUUAAUUCAAAUAAUAUCUCGGAUAGGGCAAUGUUUACGAGUAUUUCCAGUUGCAGCGGACCUGCACAUCGGGAGCGCGGGGAAGGGUGGAAAAGCGUAGAGUGGACGCCAUUGUCGGAAAUCGUCAGCGCCAUAUUUGAAUUCAACAAGUAGCCCAAGUGUACCAUGGCUACGCAACUCCCGGGUCUGUUACGUCUUGUUUGUCCCCUUUUUUCCUCCGUGACGGAAAUACCUGGGGAGAUUUAAUUUCGACGAUGGUUGGAAAAUGCGAUGUCGACUGGGUUACCAAGGAUCCGUACGUCAGGGUCGCGAAGACGGGGAGACGAACGUAACAUGUCGGAGAUCACUUGUGGACGCCAUUGUCGGUUCGCGAUAAUUGAUUGGUCACGCAGCCGGCGGUGUUGGAUGUUUUUCUCGGAUUUGCCCGCCGGGCUGCGGUUUCCGUGGGCUUUCGCUCCCCGGAAAGACGCGGAGUAUCGGGACGCGAAUGCCCCGGCCUCGCUUGCAUCCUGGCGGCGGCCAUCUUGGCAUUCCCUAAGUGCAUAAACAAACGAGGUCGGCGCUGCGGUCGAGGUUAACUGCAUCGGCGAGCGCGAGAUUUGAAUGUCGGAUUUCUUCGGAUUAAUUAUACGCCCGUGUGUACAGAUUAUAUCGCUUAAUUCUACGACUCCAAUGCGAUUUUAACCUCCUUCCCACCCGUUAGGAGGUCAAUAUCUAAGUACCUCGUGCGUCUUUCAUCCUUUUACGAGGUUUACAAAAGCGGUCCCGAAACGCGGCCGGGUGACAAUCGCGAUACACCUUUGUACGCUUAUUUUCGUCCCGCGGGGGGAAAACGGGGACCCAUGCGCAAAUGGAUAUGCACGCCCGAGAAAGUGACCGACGUUGACGACGGGUUAUUAAUAGCCACGGUCUACCGACAUCCCGCUACGCGAGAUAAACAAAUCCUCCCUAUGUCCGUUCUAGGGAAUCUUCCUGAAAGUUUCAAACUCAACCCUCUAGAGCGAGACUUCGUCAGGGCGAAAAUCAACUCCCGCUCAGACUCGCGCGAGUAAGAGCCGUCUCUAUAAUAAUUUAAUAAGCAUAACAAAGAGCGUCUCAGUCGCACUCGGCGCGUUUGGAGCUUCUGCGUCAUCGAACCGAACUAGACGGAACGGCUUUAACGGUCAACAGGAAGUGUAACCAGGGGAAAAGAUAAAAAGAAAGUGGGAGGGCUCCGUUCGUUCUUUAUAUUCCGACCGCCAUGUUUUCUUCCGCUCCGGAACGCGUACGCGGACAUUCCGCGUGUGCGGGACGCGACGACGGAAUGGGCGCUCGCGCCUCCCGGCGGAUCUUUUAUGCCACGCGCACUCAUCUUCGUAGCGGCACGCGCAACCGCGUUGCCAUGGUAACAAACAGGGAGUCGCGUUGCCUGGCAACGGCAUCCCGCAUCGAUGCUCCUACGUGGCCUCCACGUUCCGCAUCGCGAGACGUCAGGCGCUAUCCCGUCAGAUUCCUUCCGGACGUCUCGAAGUGAGUCUGAGUAUUUUUUUUUUCUCCCGGACCCGCAGACGGGAGAAAACUCGGAAGCCAGUACUUUUUGGGGUUAGGGUUUUAUUGACACCCGGUGUUCCGUGACACGUGACAUUUGGGACUCUGGAAAAGUGAGGUUAACCGAUACCGACAUGUGGCGAGCGAGAUGAAGGUCGAGCGUGAAACAGCUUUGACUACAGUACCAUUUGCGAGAUGGCUCCGGACAGGCCCGACACGGCAGACAUGGAGACCGCGAUGGGUCUGACCAUCACGCGAGUCUUCAGUCUCAGAGAGGUGUACACGCUGAAGGAGGGGGACAACGCGAGCACCUUCGCGGAGACGAGCUCGGCGGAUGAGUUCAACGAGGAGGCGAGUCCCAGCGAGAAGUCGGUAGACAAGAACGGCCAGUCCGACGACGACCUUACCUCUCUCAGCUGGCUGCACCAGCAGAACCUCCUCAAGGGCCUGGAGAUCUCGAAUCCCUCGAAGAACGCCAAAAACGAGAACGCCCUGAACAACAACGUGUGCGAGGACAGUGCCGACCUCUCCGAGAACACCAAUUCCGUGUCGAGCCUCGACGAAAAUUAUUCUCCAGAGAGCAACGGGAAGAGUAGUUCCAGUUCUACACAGGGACAGUGUUACCAGAACAACGGAAGGGGUUACCAGAAGUCCUCGCAGAACCUUCAGGAGUCUAUCAAGAGUCACUACGAUACGGCCCAAAGUAAUCAGGCGAAGAUAUCUCUGAGCAACAAUAAUCUGCCGGUCUCGAAUCGCAACAAACACCCGACCCACAUACCUUACGAUCCUCAUUUGCAUAGAAAUAGCAAACCACCGUAUUCGUUUUCCUGCCUGAUCUUCAUGGCGAUCGAGGACAGCCCCGUGAAGGCCCUUCCCGUCAAAGAGGUGUACGCCUGGAUCCUGGAUCACUUCCCCUACUUCAGGAACGCACCCACGGGCUGGAAGAACUCCGUCAGGCACAAUCUGAGUCUGAACAAGUGCUUCCGCAAGGUGGAGAAGGCUCCGAAUUUAGGCAAGGGAUCGCUGUGGAUGGUGGAUGCCCAGUACAGGCCGAACCUUAUCCAAGCCUUGUCGCGGGCGCCGUUUCCUCCCCCGACCGCUCAAAGUAUUUCCUCCCCCGAAAAAACUCCAAGAAAGAACAUCGGAGCACGUCUUCCGGAUCCGGUCCUCUUCCCUUAUCUCUCGAAAAGGCUCGCCUCCAGCAACAUCGGCGACAGCCCGGAAGCGGAAGUGGACAGCGACGUGGACGCGGCCGCUGCGGCGAUGCUCUCCUUCAAACACGGCCCUAUCAUCCUGAACCACAACAAAGAUCGCAGGAGGAAGUUAAUGGAACCCGAGAAGCUAGUCCCGGUCAUCACGAGGAGUUCCAGCGAGGACCAUACGUACAGCUGCAUCACGUCGAUUAAGUUGGAAAGUAAGAGGUGUUCCGGAGUGGACGUGACCGGGACGGACUUCGACGAGCAGCGGAAGAUCGCGGAGGGUGCGGAUGCGUUGCUCAACCUGGCCGGCGUCAGCACGGCUCUCGGCCACGGGAGGCCACAGCACGUUUCUCAGGGUGCUCAUACGCAGAGCGCGGUCACCAGGGUCGAGGAGACGUCGCGGAUCAAGAGGAGGUCGGCUCCGAGCGAAUAUCCGAGCUCGCCCGAGAAGAGACGCAGACGUUGGCGCGAGUGGGACGAGGGCAACCGGCAUCUGAAACAGAAGUAUCAGAGAGUCCCGUCGCGACGCGACCUGAAACCUUUCUACGACCGAAUUGGGCAACGAAGAACGAAAAGCAAAAUGGCGGCGGUCGGUAGCACGACUCACGGGGAACCAAUCGGAGCGCGGCGUCGAUGGGGCUGCGCGACGUGGACGCUCUGGAGGAAUGCCUUGCGCAGAACACGAAAUGGCUACUUUUAUGGGAGCGGAUGGACUAUACACAAUAUUAUUUAAUAUAGGGAGAAAAAGUGAGAAAGAAAGCGAGAGAGAAAGAGAGAGAGUUUAAUUAACUAUAAUAGAGCUCUAUAAUAGGUUUCUUCUGUAGAUAUGUAUAGAGAUGCGGUUGAUUACCAUUCGAUAGAGAGAUCGAUAAUAUAUUUGAAAACGGAAGAUAUAUAUAUAUAUAUAAAUAAAUACAUACUCGUAUGUAACAAGCAUCGCGAAAUAAGAGACACACACGGUCGUACACGAGGCGCGUCGCGGCGUCCGCUCGAGUGGGACACCCCCGGCGACGCGACGCUGGUGCCGCGAACUUACAAAACUUCCAUCGCGCGACGGGCAUUGAACGAGAAGGGGGUCUGUAGUGUUCUCCUCGCCUUUUUCUACUCUAUGUAUCCGUGGCUUGCGGGGAUAGUUCUCAAGGAAAUUGCGUGGCACGCGCACAGGCCACGCUCUCUCCGAGUCGUCGCGUGCCCGAGGUCGUCGCCGGUUUUCUAAAUAGCAAUCGAUCCGUUGAACGGCCGGAAUUGAUAAGCCUCUCUCAGGGAGACCUAGACCGAUCUGGGAACAGAGAUCACCGUCGUAUUUUUGUAGAAAUGGGUCCCUAGAGACUGGGGAUGUAUUAAUCGGCUCGGGUAUCCGAGUAGGGAGUAGCCGUUGUGUCUUUUUCGUCCUAACGGUCGCGGGUCUAGCGUAAUCGGGGGACGUAAAGUAUUCUAAUUCCCUAUAAACCUUGUUGAUCAUUAUCCGCGGAGUUAAGUGUAAGAUACGUAGGGGAGGGCGGUAUUGGAGAAGUUUGUAAAAUUUGUAAAAUUAUCUCGGAGGGUUGCGGGCGCUUCUUGUCUCUUAUUUGUAGACUCUUUAUUUCUUUUCCUCGGUUCUUCUAAUUUUUUUAUUAGGACGCGGAUCGUCCUUGUAAAGGCCUCGGGGCAGGCGACGACGAGGGGAGAUCCUACUACUCGUGUGAACUCGUGUGUAGGUCUAUAUAGAGAGAUGGUAUAUUUUUACAGGGCCUUCGCCCGCGUGAUAAAAGCUCUUCCUAACGAUUCGCUGAUAACGGAUGUUCAUUAGCUUAAAAUGUGAGGGGAAAAUAACAGAGGGGAAUGAAAACCGCUCUCGACGUUGGCGAGCAAAUGGCGAACUAUCGGGGCGCAAUUAGACCGGCCCUGCCAAUGGGUAACUUCCUAUUACCAUUUCUUUACCGUACCGUUCUUUUUUUUCCCCCCUUAUUUUCUGAAUAAUUCAAGAACUACUGUUCUUCUUCUCAACGUGUGUUGAAGUACAUAACUGGUUAUACAUAUAUAAAUAUGAAACACUGGGACGGGGUCACGCCGUAGCUUGGACGGUAUGAUUGCGCUUAAUCUGCAUUGUUAAUAACGUCGACAAGUCCAAUCAAUCAAAUGCAUUAAUUCGUAAAAUCUUACAGUGACGAUCUCCUAAUUUCCCUUGUUUUAUAAGUUCCAUUAGUGUCCGAGUUGUCGCCUUUUUUAGCAAUGCAAUUGGCUCGUCGAUCGGUUUUAAUAUUACUUGAGCGAACGAGCGAAACUAGGCCUUGAAAGGGCGCGAUGACAUUUGUUUGUCUCUUUUUUUGUUUUUUUUUCCUCUUGUAUAUUCAUUACUUUUUUUCUCUUUUCAUGCUCAUGUGAUCGCAGCUAGUCUAUUGCACGAAUGUGUGCAGCUUGCAGGAAAGAAUGCCACAUUGUUAUCGAACGAGCCUUUUCCCCAUAUAUAAUAUAUACAUACAUACUUAUAUUUAUCUCUCGACCCAUCCUAGGUUGACAAUUCGCAAUACGGUCGUCUCUGUAAAUAUCGCGAGACGAUCCCCUCGUGUGCUCGAGAGCGGCAAUAAUAUUUGCUUGUGUAAUCUGUGAUAUGUAUUUCUCUAAAAAAAAAAAAGAAAAAGAAAAAGAAAAAAGAAGAAAAAUAAUUAAAGAAAGGAAGGAAAGAGGGAAAGAACGUAAGAUCGCGCACGUGAUUGGGGUUUUCGAUUUUUCGUCUUUUUUCCCCCUUUUCUUUUCUCUUUUUUUUUUCUCUAUCUUUUCUUUGAGCAACUCUUCGGAGACACGGUGAGCUCUCGACCAGGAUGGAAGGGUGUUGAAAAUUAGCUCGCUAUUCGUAUUCACAUAUGUAUUUUCUUCCGUUUUGGAAAAGAAAAAAAAAGAGGACGAGGUUGGGGAUGAUUUGUUGUUGUUUUUAUCUUCGACUUUGAAGACAAUCCGCGGUUGCACUCGAUCGGCCAUCCGUGCGGAAAGUGAACGACGGACAUUACGGCUGAAUUCUUGUUAAUGUGCUGUCUCUUCUGUUUUCUUUUUAUUAUUUAUUUAAACUUGGUGGACUUGAUAAUUGCGAUGCACGAAUUUACAGAAAUUCUGUGAACCUCCCUCUGCACAGUUAAAAUUAACGCAACAUCUUGACAUCGCCAAUCCCCUGCGAUUGCAUUUGUAAGACCCUUCUAUCGGGUUUGGUUUUUUUUUCCUUUUUUUUUUUAAGGGUCACGUUCGUUUACUCGUCACCAAGUUGCGCUUAAUUUGUUGUAUUUAAUUAAAUGGGGUUACUUAGCGAGGUGCGUCCAAGCGAUCUAGUUUGACUGUUCGUUCGAUUUCUUAAAGACUAGCUCCCGUUCGCUACGACUGAAGGUCCGUUCUUCCAUGUAGCUUAUUCUAAACUACUUGACUAGGAGGCCGACGAGAGCCCUUUCUUAUAUCACUCUAGUGGUAGCUAAUCGUUAAGUUAACGCUAGGGUAUCGUUUAGCGGGAUAAUCCAAAAGCAAUACACCAGUUACGCCUGAUAUCGGAUGGAAUACUCUGCGAUCGGAUCGGUACGGCGAGGAAGCCGCAAACCUUUCGAACGUUUUCGCAGAACUUUGCGAGGAGUCAGCUGUUGGAGUUAACUUCGUUUUCUCGUUCUUUUUCUAUUCUCUUUUUUUUUUUUUUUUGGUAACGGCUAUUAGACCGAAUUUACGAAAAAUUUAGUAUAAUCCCUGUUGCUGGCUUCCACGGAUUAAUUCGACCUGUUGCCAAGUUGAGUUAGGCCUCGUUAAUAAGUGAACUCUCUAAAUUAUUCGCGUGGGUUGGAUUAACAUGAUUUAUAUUAAGAGGAAACUGUGCAAUUGGUUUCCGAAUAUGGCCCAUUUCUUCGACGGGACGACUCGCGGGGGGAAUUUUUAUUCGGUCAGAUUUUGACGAAAUUCGCUAAACGCAAUGUAUAUAAGUUUCAUUACACGUCGGAUCAUGCUCGUUAAUGAAUUGUCGAAGAGAUGGGGCACGUUCGAUUUUUCCUAUAAGUCUUUGUUUUUUUUUUGUUUUUUUUUCCUCUUCCAAUCGUUCCGAGCGGACGAAUGUUAAGAUUUGUUAAGCUGUACAAUCUUCAUCGCAAUCGCGCUGGAAAGCUUUCGUUAAGACUUGGUUUUAGAUUAAUUUGCUUUAACACGUUAGUUUAAGGGAAUUUAAUCAAGCUAAUAUAUUUUAUACGACCUGCUGGUUGCUGAGUUACUUUAAAGCUUGUUACGGGCGAACCUCAUAUUAUUCGCUCGAAUUGAUAAUUUAAGUGGAAACUGUGCAAUUGCUUUUCGAAUUGGACUCAUUUCUUCGGCAAUACUUAACGCGAGGAAUUUUUAUAAGAUCGAAGGGAGCUUUUAUGGAAGGUAAUUUCCUUUAUACCACGAUUGUCAAAAGUACUUGGCGAAGAAAUGCGGCACAUUCGAUUCCCUUAGCGUAAAGACUUAGACUUGAUCGUUUAAGAAAUCUCCAAGGGCGUUAUCAAUGCUCAAACUGCUGGCCGUUAUCACGAACUAAUAUUAUACUUAACGUUAAACCGGCCGUUUGAGCGUCAACGCUUGGCCUACCAAGCUCGCUGCAUAACUUGACUAGUUUCAUAAUUCACGACCAAAAACAAAGAGACAUGCGGUCGAGUCGAUCAGACAGCGGUUUCGGAAUUUAUACUCGACCAUGAAUUAAAUUGAAUUAAAGGGUGACUCGAACUUUUCCGGUAGAACCCAUCUCGUAGAUCUCUACAGGACCUUGGCCCUGGGGAAAGCGAGAAAGCUUAGGAAAGAUCUGUGGCGAAAGAAUAAGAAAUUUUGAAGAAGAAAAAAAAAUCACUGUUCAAAAGAAUCGACGCGACGAGAAAAACUCGCCAUGGGGCGGAAAUCUCAACGAAAGACCGGCUGAUUAAAGCGAGGCAUUAAAUUAAUUAACUUAUCCUACAGCGCCGCGACCCACGAAUUAGCUUUUAAAGUGACGUUUUAUGAGAGGAGAUGAAAGAAUUAACCACACACACCUAGCCACGGACAAUCAAAACGCGUGAAAGAGAGAGAUAGAGAGAGAGAGGACAGUGAUUUUGAGUUGCUUCCGUUGCGUGAUGUGCCAAACCCUAGGAACUCUUUUACUUUGCGAACGCGAACGUUUAUUGCUACUGAUUUUUAGCAAAUACAUCUAAA